AUGAAUGGCUAUCCUCCCGACCGCGAGCUUCCUGAGCUGAGUAACGAACGUACGAUCAAUGUCAUGCCAUUUGACCUGCCAGAAGCUGAUUGAACACUAGAAAUUGUCCUCCUCGACUCGAUCUGCAAAGCCGCAUCCCAGUCCACCAAAGCGCCAUUCAAAGCGCUUACCGCAGAAUAUGAGGCGCAUUUCCAAGAGAGGGGACUUGAUUCGAGUCGCGACAAUGCAAUAUUGCGAUGGGUUAUGCGCGUGGGCGAUAGCGCGAGGAGACAGUAUCGCGUUGGACGGCCGACGGACUUUGUCCCCUACGUGAGAAGCUUGCUGGAAUCGCAAGGAAUAACUGUGAUCGAUGACGAUGAAGAGGGCGAGAUUGACGGCGUGACACGGUCACUGGAGGCUCAGCCAAAUUCUGCUCAACGAGAUGGUGCGACGGCGGAAAAGCGAAGAGUUUCUUUCGACGACGCGCGCCUGGAGGAGACGUGGUUGAGCGAGCGAUCACAGUUUCCACAAUCUUCACCAGAAGCAGCGCCGCACACAUUGUUGAGACAACCCCCACGAAGGACAGCGGACUUCCGACCAGCGCCACGAGCGAGAUCGGUCAGCAGCAGCGAGCGUCAUUCUGUUGUACGGCAUCCAGCGCCAAAGCACUUUCAACAUGCCUCCCCUUCUCGUUCGAGUGCUAAUACUUCGGAACAUGAGGAACCGAAAGAUCCAAGUCUCUGGUUUCAGCCUUCGCAAACAAGACUGGAGGAGGAUGCGGACACGUUCUGGGCCCACUCAAUCAUUCGACUGACCCGGAAAUGCUUGCACAUAUGGCACGACACCGCUCUGGUAACUCUCGCAAGACGCUCCGAGCAGUACAACAUUGCUGCAGAUUACGACAGAGAGCACUUACUCAGACCGGCCUUCGAAGCUUUCCAUGGCCUUUACCGCGCGCGUCGAGCCGAGAGAGAGCAGGCGUUGGACCACCAGGCUCAUCUUGAGGCGCUUUGUGAGCAGUUUACGCGAGACAAGAGCCAGCGCAAGCUCGACGAGACGUUCUCACAUUGGUACCAUUCUGCUAUCUAUCAGAGGCGAGUUAACACAAAGGCCAGAGUGGAGCAUCUUAAGAAAAAAUUCUUCCGGCUCUGGCGCAAAAUCACACUUGAGAGCGAAACACAAGCUCGCUUGCGCGUGAGUCGAAAAUUCCUAGCGCUAUGGCGCGACAGAACUGCCCGAAAGCUCCUGGUCUAUGAGCAGGCCGAUGCACAUUACGAGGAGACUCUAAUGCGCAAGUACUUUACGCAGUGGUAUUGGCAAUUGUGGAGCAGAAAAGUGGAAGUCUGGCGCAAGGAAAGGCUCCAACGAAGAUCUCUAAGAAUCUGGCAACGCAGACUUGCUGAGCAGGAUUUGCAGGAACAGGGCUCGCAAGAACUCAGGAAUCGACGCCUCGCCCUAUCAACUUUGCUGAAGCUACAGCAUGAAUCAAAGCAGCGUCGGCAGUCAAGCAUUUCUGCCGAGGCGCACUACGGCCGUAAAUUGACGAGCGGGUGCAUUCAAGAGUUGCGAGUGCACGCAAGAUUGGCUCCGCUUGCAGCCACGUUAUCACUGAAGGUUACCAUCAACCUAAAGCGCAAAUGCUUCAAGAUCUGGCAACUUCAACUAUCACUCUGUCGCCAGGCAGCCGAUGUUAAUCGAAAACGUAUCUUGCAGUCAGCUUGGACAGAUUGGAACGAUGCUCUACGAUGCAAAGCUCUCGCCCAGCGCAUCAAUGAGCGCGUCCUGCUUGAGAACCUGUAUAAGUGGGUACUCCAUACCAGAGAAAACUCCUUCCGAAGAUCACAAGAGCAGAAGCUUCGGAGGCGGACAUUGGUCGGAUGGAGCAACAAAGUACAUCAGGCGGAGAGAACGCUUGAACAAGCUACAGCUGACUUUGAAGCCAAUCAACGUCAGCGGAGGCUGAGAUCGGGUAUGUUGCAGCUCAACAUUGCGCUCCGAAAACGCGAAGACCUUGAGCGCGAAGCAGUGGAGUUUUCAAACAGUCGCACAAUUCCUGACGUGCUCGCGGUCUGGAAGUAUCGAACAGAAGAGGUCCAAAAGCUCUCCAGACAGGCUGCGAGAGCACGCUUUUGGGUGCUUGGCAAUAGGACUCUUAGUAUCUGGCACGAGAAGACCACAGAGCACAAGCAUCAAAGGCGGCGAGAGGCUUACGCGCAAGUACGAUCAAAGACGAAGAUCAGGAUUGUCCGGACGUGCCUCUCCCGCCUGCAGGCCAAGAAAGCCGAGCUUGAUUCUAUUCGGGCUGAUGCUGAACAAAGACAUCAAGCACGUCUAUUCAAGAUCGGCACGCAAGCUUUCGACAGUCUACGCGAAAAGGCAGCACAGUACACGGACCUGGAACUGCGGGCCAGGGCCACCGACCAGCAAAGACUUUUGUUCUCAGCUUUUUCAGCCUUGUUCAAUCGGCAUGCGGACCUUUCUGCCAUGGAACAGCAGUCUCUGCUGAUGGAGCAAAAGUCGGAUCUAGCUUUGCUUGGCAGUGCCCUGAAGAAAGUGCAGUGGGAGACGUUCACGGCUGCUCGACGAGCUAAGACAGCCGAUGCUCUCUGGGACAGAAUUCGCAGCCAGCAUAUCAAAUUGAUGCUCAGACAUUGGGCCGCAAAGGCUGCGUCUCAGAAAGCUGCAAAGAGUGCAUCUGCACCACAGGAUCCUGAGAGCCCCAGCAUUAGGCCUGCCAGCCGGGCAGCCUCCAGGUCUGCAGAGAGACUGGCUUUCACUAGCUCUCCACCAGCGCAGACUGCGACUCCCGGAUACAUGCGAACACCUUCGAGGUCAAGGAAAGCCGGCCGUUUCCGACCGCUGUCAACGCCCGCUCAUGUCACUCCAAUGUACUUCAAUCGCAGCUUCUUCGCGACCGCGCCAGCUCCUCUCGCGAGUGCUCAGCCAGCUGAAACCCGUGGAGAAGCCAAUGAGAUUUUCGGUAGUGCCACGCCUCAAAUAACACCAUUUGCUCGAAAAUUACGAGCAGGAGGCGUGACUCCGGCUCCUCAUUCCGCUUUGAGGAGCAGCAAUCUUGGUCGCUCUGUUGCUGGAGGUGGAACGAGUAAGAGCGUACGCUUUGCCGGAUCUAGCAGAUUUGGCUCAGGGACAGGAGCUGGGAAAAGCAGACUAAGUCCUACUGACGAGUGA